GGCCGCGAUCGCUCCCCGGCCAGUAGGCCUAUCGUUUCUGUUCAAAGGCAAGCUGAAGUGCGCUUCCUGAUCCUGUGGCUGUGCCUGUGGCUGCGCCAUUUAAACAGAAGUUACAAAUCUAGAAGCAGAAGAACCAGAAGCAGAGAAAUGGCAGAAGGCGAAGAAGAUGAUUAUAUGUCAGAUAGCUUUCUUGUAGAAAGCAAGGAUUCAAAACCCAAGCAGCUGGCAUGGGGGAAGACGGCUCGACUAAAUAAAAUGGAAGCCAAAAGAAAGGAAGCUGCUCAAAAAAACAAAUCAAAGUUCAAACCAGUGAAGGUGCGUGAGGAAGAGCAGAGACAGAAGGGUCUUAAUAGUGCAAUAUCAACACAGAGUAAAGGGUUUGCCAUGCUACAGAAAAUGGGCUACAAACAAGGUUCAGGGCUUGGAAAGACAGGAAGUGGAAGAGCAGAACCAGUUGGAAUUGAAAUUAAGACAGGAAGAGGGGGUCUUGGUCAGGAAAGCGAGCUGAAAAGAAAGCAAGAAGAGAUGGCAAAGAUGAGAGAAGUAAUGGUCCAUAAGAGAGCUAAAAUGGAGGUUUAUCACAAGGGAAACUUCCUGCAAAAGAUGAGUGAGAGGUUCUCUGAGAAAGAAGUUGAGAAAGACCUUAACAGCAGUCAGAAGGCAUGUGCUCAUCUCGAUCAGGCACAGGGUUACAGUGAACCAGAGGUAAUUUGGUACUGGCCUAAGAGAAUGCCUCCAGAAGAGGAAGUAGAGAAUGAGGAGGAAGUAGAGGAUGAAGUUGAAGAAGAGGAAGAGGAGACAGAAGAAUUAUCAAAUAUAGAUAAGCUGAGUGAAUUAACCCAUUACCUGAGGACGCAACACCUAUAUUGUGUUUGGUGUGGCACAGCAUUCAAUGAUGACAAAGAUAUGGAAGAGAACUGUCCUGGAAACAAUGCUGAUGUACACAGAUAACACCAAAUGGAGAGAAGCCAUCAAACCUUAUUUAAUAUUUCAGCUCUGGAUCAGUGACAGCUCACAUCUUCUGUCAUUACUGAACUUUACAACCUGGAACACUUGAUGACUGAAAGCCAAUAAUCUAUAUUGGAAAUGCCACUGCCUAGUAUUAAUGCAUUACUUAGUGUCAAAAACAUGUUGCUUCUGUUACAAUUGACCCCCUGAGUUCAGUCUGGAGCUCCAGAUAAGGCAAAGGUAAUUAACUAUGUUGAUAAAAUUCUGAAGAUUAUUAAUACAUGUACUCAUAUAUUUUUUUUGAGUUACGUACAGUUGAUGAGUUAUGAAUUGAAAUUCAUACUUAAUGUGAAAAGAAAAAUCUGCAAUAUUUCAACUGUAUGCACCCAUCAUUAAUUAAUGGGCAAUAGAAUUGAGUCUUUAUUGAAAUAACAUCUUUGAGGCCUCUGGCAGGAAAAUUUUUGCUACCAAAACUUUUCGGAUCAUUCUGAAUAUUGCAUACAUGACCAAGGAUUCAAUUUGAUACCACAAACAAUUCUUCCAUAAACCUCCUUUGACCUGUCCUAGAGUGACCUGUCUUGAGGGCAAAUUGACCCGUAUUCGGGCGUAGUUAUCGUCCCAAUAUUAAGUGGUAUUGGGCGAGCUCACGAAUACUAAAUACAUCUCUAUGGUGCUCACAAAGAAUACUCUCGCCAAAGCCGCUUGAAACAAAUAUUUUACCUUGGAAAAAUAGCUAUUCUGUCCGCAACACUUCCGGGUUUUCAACAUAGCAUAUUCAAAUUAGAUGAAGUCAGCAUGAUGCCGUAUAUCAAUAGCAAUAGAAAAAAAAGGUAGGAUCAGGGAUAUUUUUAUGGGUUACACCAAUACAACAUUUUUGUUUUUUGGCCUAAUGUUCUGAUUCACAGCAGCCUACUGAUGUAUUGCAGAUAGUCUGAUUUAAUAUAUAUUAAAAUGAUACCAAAUGUCUCUCAAUUCUACAUGUCACAAAUAUGUUGCCAAAUAUUGUGCUCAAGGAACACAAUUUACAAACAAGCAAAUUGUCUAAACUUACUCAAUAUACAAGAAAAUUUCCCCGUACGUAAUGUGAAAAUGCUCGUGGACAUACAAAGGCUGGUUACUCUGAAAGAAGAUUAGUGAAAAAAAAAGUGCGAGAGUGUCUGGAUUUGAAUAAAUAAAUCACUUAAUAAUCAAUUUAAAUGUCUCUAUGAACAAAGAACAGCAUUAAGGCAAUUAACAUACAUUUACUACCAAUAGUAGGCAUACUUCUGAAGAGAAAUUUAAUAAAUCUUUGACAAUGUGCCCUUUCCACUCCACAUCUGGUCACAGGCAUCAGCAUGAACACAUAUAGGAUUUGUGAACUUUUUGGAAGUGCAGAAUGUUGCAAUGCUGAAGAGUUUCCAGCAAACCUGAUGGCAUUCUUGCAUUUCUCUUCUAAGGUGUUGUCUCAGUCAUUGCCGAUAUGUACCUGAUGAUGGUAGGUCAGGGCCUUAGAAUUCAAGCAAUGUUGUAUACAUUCUGUGUUAUGUACCUCAUUGUUACCUACUGCUUGAUUGGCUAAGUCAAUGAAAUGUGUAUCCAUGUUCGAAUUGAAACCAUCCAAACACUGACUGAAAAUCUCAAUUCUAUAGCUGUCGGCAGUAUUAUUAGUGGAGAGAUUCCUCCUUGUCUGAGAGAAGCACCUAUGUGGUAUCCUCAUUUCUCCCCCAGCCAAUCGACUCAUGUGCUUCAUGUCUGGGUACACAUUCCUGUCAAACUUUGUCUUACUAUUUGUCCUUAUCUCGGAAAGCUCAUCCUGGACUAGCUUCACAUCCGUGUAUGCUUCUAGGAUGUCUAUGUUGCAUCUUUAAAAUAGACAACUGAGACAUUUGGUAACCCAAAUAUGAAGUGACAUAUCUGGAUAGCUGCAAUGAACACAGAAACAUAUCUGAUAUACUUCUAGCUAAUCCACUUGCCUGGGUGACAGUGUCUCAGACCUAUUCCUCUUCUGACUUAAUCUUAUCCAAGGUACUUGAAACAGUUUCAUGCAUGAUAUGGAAUUCUUCAUAGACCUGUUGCCUUUCAACCUACCUGGUUUCACAGAGAAACCUUUGCAAACAUUUUUUUAUUAUUUUUUUAAAUAUUUAGGUAUUUAUUGAUAUAAAUCAUAAAAAUCACAAUAUUUUCAAAGGAUUUACAUGAUUAAAAACAUAAAUUCAUGGAACAUGAAAAGAAUGAAAUAGAAAUAAAAGGCAAAUUAUAUAAGUAACAAGAAAAAGUUUUUAAGAGGGAAUCUCUGAGACAGGGAAAAAGAGACAAACCUUCAAGAAAAAAGAACAUGCCGUACGAGAGAACCCCCGCCCCCUGCUUCCUCACUUUCUCUCACUCCCUCUUGCACACACGCUCUUACAUGAACACUUCCACCCCCCCAUACAAACCCACCCAAAUAUCUAUGAACAGUUUUCCUUCUGAAUUCUGGUAUGCAAGUCUGUCCGGUAAAGGAAGAAAGCUUUUUCCUUCAUCUAUAAAAUACUUGAGAUGGUCUAACUUAUUCUGCUUUUCCAGCACACGCCUCAAAAAAUCUUCCGAUGAAUAAAUCUGGUCACCCUUGAACUUACUGUUCUUGAAUUUUGAAAUGCAACAUGAAUCAUCCUUGGUUUUAUACCCUUUAAAGGUCUGGUUGAGUCUGCGCUGGAUUUAACCAUCUCCUGACACUUCUCAUCUGGGGCCUCUGGAACUCUAUGGAGCACCAGAUUAUUUUGUAUGCUCUGGUUUUCCAAGUUGUCUCAUUUCUCCACAUCUCCUACAUCACCCUUUUCAACUCCACCACAUCAUCCAGGUGCAGCUAGCAUGCAAUGAUUUUUUCCGCAUUCUUAUCAAUCUUCAACUCAAACUCAUCUAGCCUCUUAACAAAUUAAUGUUCCAUUCGUUCUCCUUAAUGAGAGAAGCGUUCAUCCAACUUCUGUGAGAAAGUGAUGAACCUCUUGGGUGGCUGUCCCUCAAUUUCAAUCAAAUCCUGAGAACAUGAGAUCAUGAUUCAACACAUCAUCGUAGUUGCUUACCACCGUUACUAGUCAAGAAUGGUGAAAUGCAGAGAUUAUAAUGAAGGCAUGCUUUCACUUUAUUUCAGAUUAGGCACCCUCCAAACUUUUGUUAUCAUGAUUGCUUGUAAUUUGUCCUGUCUGUUCAAAUUUAUAUCAGUUAUUUCUUUCUCUAGACAUCUCUGUCUUUAAGGAGAAUCCCUGAAGAAAAGGCUAACUGCAUGCAGAGUAAUUAAUGUGCAUGUUAUUUAUCUCUUGAACUUUUGAUGGCUCUGUUAUGACUUACUUUAAAAUGUGACUCGCACACUGGAAGUAGUGUGCAUUUAGUGACUCCUAUUUGAAAUUUGCUACCAGCCCCUCUUUACAUUUUGCAGCACCAACAUAUGUUUGUGAUUGGAAGUUACUUGAUUUAAUCCUAUAAGGCCCUAUGUUAGGCUUUGGAAGUAUGGUUAUAUAGUUACACACUGGAAUAUAUGGUUCUUUUCCAUUACUUUGUUUUUCAUUUCAAUUAGAGAAAUUGUUAUUAUUAUAAAAGAAAACAAAGAACAUGUUGUUUCAUAUAACCCAAUGACUAAUUACAC